AAACUUUGUUCAUUUUAUUAUUAUUUUUUUGAAUCUUUUCGUAGUGAUUACAAAUCAUUAAUUUUUGCUCACAAUAUCCCAACUACACGUACAAUAACCAGCCACCACAAUUUCCUCCUAUCAUACUUCUACAAACACCAACAGACAUAAUUUUAAGACUAUCCAUCCAAUAUCAUACACUUUGAACCAUAAACAAUCCAAAUACAAUGCUCCUCCGCUCUGGGAUUGUAUUCUCACCUCUUCAAUCCCCAUCACCGUCUCAUUCCCUCCGCCUAACCAAAUCACAUACCCACCCUCAUAAAAUCAUUUCAGCCCAAUCACAAAUCCCUCCUUCCUACACUAUCUCCGAUGGUGCCCUCCAAUCCCAAGGUUUUGUCCUACAUCGCACCACCUCCACCCUAAACCUCGACCAUCUCAACUCAGUCUUCGUAUCGGUCGGCUUCCCUAGGCGGGAUCCGGAUAAAAUACGGGUCGCCCUCGAACAUACGGACUCUCUUGUAUGGGUUGAGAAUGUUAAGACACAAAGGCCUGUGGCUUUUGCUAGAUCUACAGGGGAUGGAGUAUUCAAUGCUAUUAUUUGGGAUGUUGUUGUGGACCCUACUUUUCAAGGAAUUGGGUUGGGUAAAGCUGUUAUGGAAAGAUUGUUGGAGGAUUUGUUGCAGAAAGGGAUUACUAAUAUUGCGCUUUACUCGGAGCCUCGGGUUCUUGGGUUUUAUAGACCCAUGGGUUUUGUUGUGGAUCCUGAUGGGAUUACUGGUAUGGUUUACUCUAGGAAACAGAAUAAGAAUAGGAAGAAAUUUUGAUGCUUUCUUUAUGAAUGAUGUAUGUGUAUUGGUGUCCAUAUAAGAAAAAAGAUAAGAUGGGUAGUUUGUAGAGUUUUUUACUUAAAUGUACAUUGUUAACAAAAUUCCCAAAAUUUUGUUAUAUGACUAUUAAAUUAAUUAUUAUU